CUCCACGCUCUGCAUCGCCUGCUGCCCGUGACCGUCGUCCAGCCCAGCAGCCCUGGGAAGGACGCCCGACUCCUUAGACGCUGGGAAGUGGUGUUGGUGUCAUUUGAAGAUGUGGCUGUGGACUUUACCCAGGAGGAAUGGCAGAGCAUGGACAAUACUCAGCGGACCCUGUACAGGGAUGUGAUGCUUGAGACAUAUAGCAAUCUGCUGUCUGUGGGGUACUACAUAACAAAACCUGAUGUGAUCUUCAAGUUGGAACAAGAAUCAGAACCAUGGACUGUGGAAAAAUCUGUACACCAGCAGCUUCCAGGUCUUUACAGAAAGAAUGAGCUGCUUGGAACUAAUCAGGAACUUCAUGAAACCACUUUCAGGCAAGUUCUAUUCACAAAAGUUGUAUAACUUCAAAAAGAGUUGCAUUGCCAAAGAUGAUUAAUUUAAGCUCUGGCCAUAAUUGAAACAUGCCAUGAAAAGGAAAUUGUAUAAAAAAGAAACUAGAAAUAUCAUUUCUUCUUCUUUUUUUUUAAUUUGCAGAGAAGUUUUAUUU